AUGCUCGGAUUCAUGGGCGGCAUGAAAGAUCACUUGGCCGCAGAUAAAGACAGCACUUACAACCCCAUGACAUCCAAUCGCCGCCUCAUCCAGUACCAUGGCUAUGGCAUAGAUUCUGUUUUUCCUCCCUUCGAUCCAGGCAAAUCGCGGAAGAAAUUCGAAUCCGAAUUAACACGCCACAGUAAUCUUACUGGGGAACGUUGGCUACGAUUGAAUCAACUGGUGCUGGGCAGUGAGAAAGCGAUCCAGGAUGUGAUCAUCAAGCUCUCAAAAGGAGGUUUCAAAGACGAAAAGGGAAAGACUCUCGAUAUCGAGCACUUCUUAAACAUUAGCUGGGAAGCGGCUAGAGACGAAUACAACGCCAGGCAUGCAACAGACUCUGGCACCUUAACCAGCGGAUUUCGUCUGGACCCCAAGGGCGGCAUGGCACCGAACCGCUCUACCGAUCUUGAUGUAUUUUCUUUGGUCUAUCUCACGUGUCGGCCCCCAGAGGAUGCAAGCAAAAACUUACCCAGAGAACGACAUUAUCCGGUUUAUCGAAAUGGAGCCAACUACAAGGGCGACACAGAAAUCUUUUGGAGGGCUCUCCGAGACAGCAGCUUUGACGGCUUGGCGAAGCCUCUGAAAUUGUCAAAAGAUCAGAACAAACUCAAGUUCAACGAGGGCGUUGAAGAGUUCCAGGAAAAUAUUAGGGCCAGUUUUCUAGUGCCGCACAUAAACGUGCUGGACCUGACAAACACGUUCAACUUACCCACGUUCAUACACAACCGAGCUCGAUUCCUUCCCGAAGAAUUCCUUUACAAGGACUAUGAUGCCAUGUAUACGGGUGCUUCUACGCGUAUCCUAACCGGAGCCUGCGACCCUACGUGCUCAAUCGAAUUCAAAACCCAAGGAAAAGACAACGAUCGUGCGUUUCCGAUAAAGCCUUUAUUUCACUACCAGCAUUUGGGGGACAAAUGGGAACAAGACAUUACGAGAGUUGGUCAGCCGUUUUACGGCAUGGGGGGAUGGCUUAUAAUGCAAUCGCAGGCCAUCACAUGCUUGUUCCUAACCAAUUUCUGCGAGCAAAUGCUUCAGCUGGCGGCGAAGAAGCAGCCAGUCGAUGACUUUCUCAGCAGCCUGACACACCAGCAAAUUCUGGAUAUGGAGAUCGAAGCGGGAAAAACCAUCGAAGCAAUCAGAGGAGAUAGGCAAGUCGAGACUGUGGACGACAUAGAGGCCAUACGACAGUACGAGCUGACUUAUGAGGGCACCAACUUUGCGAGAUACGAGGAGCUGCUCACGAAACAAAGACAUGAAGCAGAGCAGCAUGUCAGCAUCCUUUUCGACGAUCCGGACUAUUUUGCCAGGGCAAUCAUCGAAGAAAAGGAGCACCACUGGGGCAAUCUGUACACCGGAUACGAUGACCUGAGGUUAGACCAGCAUGUUCACGACUAUUACAAACGCACUUCUCUGCGCCAUAAGCUAUAUCUUGAUUGCAUGAGGGCUGUUCUUCGCAGGGCUUUCUUUGAGUUUUUCAUCUGGGAUGCGGUUUGGCAUGCCCUCAAAGAUCUCAAACGCUACGAAGAUGAAAAGUUUAAGGGGCUAUCUCGCGUAGAAUAUAUUCGAAAUGGCAAGAGACGUAUUACUUGGAGAAGCCAAAUCAGUUCCGACGAUGAUUGCGAGUACUUAGAAAGGCACAGAGUGGUCCAAUCUCUAUUGCGACAAGCUGCAGCAUUUUUCGUUUUCGAGUUUCGGAAGAACGCAAUUCACGCAGCCUCACCAUCUAUGCGCGACACUUAUUGCAUUCCUAAUGCUGAUAAGAAGCCAGCUGACUUGGCCGACAGCUUUUACACAGCUCCAAACAUUGAGCUCCAAUUUCUACAACAGGCUUCAAACGAGGAACGGUCACAAAUACCCCGUAUAGUUCUCGAGCUCAUUGAGAAUUUCAUUUCCAACAGAACGUCAUCGAUGUUUGUUGGCAUGCGAAAGACAACGUCCAGAAUACUGCGAUAUUUCGAGGAAUGCGAAAGUGAUGAGGAGACAAGUGCGAAGUUCUCUAACCUGGUUAGAGGCAAUAUCAAGGGCUUGAAUAUACUCUCCGAAAUUGUUGAUCACAUGGAUCACCAUAUGCCCGAUGCGAUGCAUCUUUUUCAUCAGAUAGGAGACGAGACCAAAGGAAUUGGCCGCGUCGAUGACACACUUUGCAAACAAUUCACCGAAGCGCUCAUGCAACAAAACUCCUACGACCUUCUUGCUCUAGACGGCUGUGCAUUUGAAACAAAGCAUGUACCCCAAAAGAGAAUGUCACGCAUCUACGAUUUUCUCGAUGAGAUACAGGGGAUUGGGCACCGCAAAGAGGACUCCUUUGCCGCUGCGAGAGGUGACAUCAAGCGUUUUGGCUCAUCCCUCCUGAAAGGCCUCAUCUUCCCUCUCGCUCGAAAGGACAGAGACCUCGACUAUACACUAAGAUUCGGAAAUGGGUUUACGGUCUCGCAAGAAGCCUUGGAUCGUCUGACGAGACAUAUGAGAAUCACGGAAGACCAGUGGCCUUUUGUCGCUGACGAAAAGCCAUGGUACAACCUGGACCAGGCUGAUGCAGCUAAUCCUCAGCACUACAAAGGAAUCUGGAAAGAUCUCAAAGAAGCUAUGAAGAAGCUGAGCAAGAAGAACGAGAAAAAGCUGAAGAAGCCCGGGAAGACUAAUUCCAGACCAUUGAAUCAGUAUGACUUUGUGGCUGAUGAGGUCAAGCUGGCCAGAACUAUGGCGGAUAUCUCGAAACGCCAGAUGCAAGACUGUGUCACGAAGAGGAUAAAGAAGAAGAAGACGAUCGACCGGAGACUCAGACAACAAGAGGAGGCCAGGCAGCGUAGAUUGGCAGCACAAGAUGCAAUCAACCAGAGCGUUGCCCCAGAUGUCGUACUGCCACCGGUGGCCCAAGACGAGACCGAGAAUGUCGAGGAGCUUGUUCAAGCAAUGGACAUUGAUCAAGAGGCCGAACCGGAACCGGAAGAAGAAACGCCUCCAGUUGUUCCAGAUCAUGACCUUAGGAUUCCACUAAAGAAAGGCUGCUGGGAAACGUUGGACGCUAUUGUUUCUGAUAACCCUGAAAACAAACCAAGGAUCACAUACCACAACCUUGCCAAGGCCCUUGAUGCCAUUGGAUUCGAGCCAAAGACGAAAUCAGGGUCUCAUGUGACAUAUGGCUAUCAACGCGGAUUCCCGCCUUUCCCAGACGUAACUGGUCUUACGAUUGUCAAGCCUCACGGAAGCAUAGGGGAGAACGCAAACGUGCCUCCACCCAUCUUGAGAGAUUGGAGACACUACAUUAGAGAACGGGGGUUGACCCUCGAGAAAGUGGAGGAAAGGUACAGUAGAUGA